AUGGACUCUGUUCUACGACAAUCAAAGUCCAUGUGUCCAUUCCUGAAGAAGACUUCACCCGCCACCCUCCGCUCCCUCUCGACUACUGUAACCCGCCAGGCCUCCCCAGGUGGCGGCAGUAUGUCCAACCUGCAGACCAUUGCUCGUCGCUGCCCCAUCAUGGGAAAGGCCCUCGCUGUGCAAAUCGCCAAAUCCUCAAAGGUCGGACUUGGUGGCGUGGCUGCUCUAGGUGCCAUCCGCGCUUUUUCUGGAAAGGUCAGCUCAAGCAAGGCGAAGCUGCAUACCAGCUGUUCCCACGAAGCCAGAGCUCUAGACGACACUUUGUUCGGACGUGAAGCUGCCUUCAAGCAUGCUAAACCUGUUCGUUCGAUCCACCACAAGAAUGAUCAGAAGUUCGACUACGAAGGAUUUUACAAUGCCGAACUUGACAAGAAACACAAGGACAAAUCCUACCGCUACUUCAACAACAUCAAUCGUUUGGCUAAGGAAUUUCCCCGUGCUCAUACAGCGAGCAAGGAAGACAAGGUCACAGUUUGGUGCUCCAACGAUUAUCUCGGGAUGGGCAGGAAUCCUCAAGUCCUAAAGACUAUGCACGAAACUUUGGAGGAAUACGGAGCCGGUGCGGGAGGAACCCGAAAUAUCUCCGGGCAUAACAAGCAUGCCGUGAGUUUGGAGGCUACAAUUGCAAAACUGCACUCCAAGGAUGCGGCGUUGGUUUUCACUUCUUGCUAUGUUGCAAACGAUGCUACUCUUGCGACUUUGGGAAGUAAACUCCCGGAUUGUGUGAUUCUCUCGGAUAGUUUGAAUCAUGCGUCCAUGAUCCAGGGUAUCCGCCAUUCUGGAGCUAGGAAGAUCGUAUUCCAACACAAUGAUCUGGCUGAUCUUGAGGCCAAACUCGCCUCUCUCCCAGCCGAUGUCCCCAAAAUUAUUGCAUUCGAGUCCGUGUAUAGUAUGUGUGGCAGCAUUGGUCCAAUUGAAGGGAUCUGUGACCUUGCCGAGAAAUAUGGCGCUCUCACCUUUCUCGAUGAGGUUCAUGCCGUGGGUAUGUACGGACCACAAGGAGCUGGUGUAGCAGAACAUCUCGAUUACGAAGCUCACGUCAAUGGAAAGCCCAAGGGAACGAUCAUGGAUCGUAUUGACAUUAUCACUGGAACUUUAGGCAAAGCUUAUGGCUGUGUUGGAGGUUACAUUGCCGGUUCAACCAAAAUGGUAGACACUAUCCGUUCCCUUGCCCCGGGAUUCAUCUUCACUACCUCUCUCCCUCCCGCAACAAUGGCAGGCGCUCAAACCGCCAUCGAAUACCAAAUGGCAUACCAAGGCGACCGCCGCCUCCAACAACUCCACACCCGCGCUGUCAAGGACUCCCUCGCCGAGCGCGACAUCCCAGUCAUCCCCAACCCAUCUCACAUCAUCCCCGUCCUCGUCGGGAACGCCGAACUUGCUAAAAAGGCCUCCGAUAUGCUCCUCGAUGUCCACGGCAUCUACGUCCAAUCCAUCAACUACCCCACCGUCCCCGUCGGCCAGGAACGUCUCCGCAUCACGCCUACCCCAGGCCACGCCCGCGAAUUCCGUGACCAUCUCGUUGGAGCCUUGGAUUCCGUCUGGAACGACUUGAACAUCAAACGCACUUCUGCUUGGGCAAAGGACGGUGGCUUUAUCGGGGUCGGUGAGCCUGGUCUUAAGCUCCCUGAGCCGCUCUGGACAGAUGCCCAGCUGGGCGUUACAGAGGUGGUUAAAGAGAUAAAGGCUAGUAGCCCUGUGGGCGUUAUCGAAGCCCUUCUUGAGAGAGAGACUCAUGCUAUAGCCAAGACUAUUGGUACUGCUACUGCUUAGGUGUCUUACUGUUAGUCUCCAGGUCUCUGCAGGAGGAAGGUACAAGGCAAGUAGGGGAACAGGCAAUCCCGGUCAGGGUAACAGACUAUCUUAGACACUCUUUUGAAUACACGAUUUUGAACCACACUUUCACAACACCAUGUAUAUCGAUAUAGCUUUGUUGAAUGUCAACCGGUACUAUACCCACAGAGACUAAAAAAAGUUUCACCGGGAAGCAAGAUCGACGUUACGUGUUAGAAGACACUCUUG